AUGUUGUACCCAAUGUCAAGUUUCCGCAGUUUCUGGCAGAUGGCGGGGGACACCAUGUGUCAAGGCCACAUCUGCAAUUGCUUCGCUGGCCUGUUUCUUGUUCCGCCGAGGCAGCCGGCAAGGCCAGCAUGUUUUCAAGCUGGCGAAUGCAGAGACGCCGCAGUGCGACCAUCUUGCCAGCGCACAGAGGCCGGCGGCAUUCAGGUGACGGAGGCAGCGAGCCUCCAAGAUGACACCGAGCCGUGGAUGUGUGCGUACCUCCAGUUGUCGCGGACUACCGGUUCUGGUGAUCAACGCUUCAGCUCGAAGGAACCAAACCAGUCGGCCUACGUGGAGGAGGAACGGGCACACCUGACUUCGAGGUUCCCCCAGUUUGCAAAAGUGGUUGCGGAUUUCCUUCGGGUCAAUGAGUAUGCCCAGUUCCGGGCCACGAGCUGCCAUGCUGGAGAGGAGUUGCAUUUCAAGGCUAUGGUGGACCACUUCCUCGGCCUGAUGCAGGUUUCAAGGCCAGAUGCAUUUGCAGCAACUGGAGCGUGGUCAUUGGCACACUGCAGCGAGCAGUUCUGGCAGCUCCAGGGCGGGGAGGGUUUCUUCCUCCAGGCAGCCAAGGAAGGUUUUGUGGCUUUCUUUGGUGGCAUCGACAAGAUAUGCAAGGCCUCUCCAAAAGCGAUGGUGGCUGUUGCCAACAGCCUGAGAGUGCACUGUCACCAUCCGCGAGCCGAUGUUGCGCGGCAGGUCCAGCAAUCCCUGAUUGUUGCUGCGGGGUGUCUUUUUGAGGCAGGUGACAGCAAGGCCGUCCGUCACCUUUUCGCCGUGGACAUGGUUGCAGCCUUGCAUCAAGAUGCCGAAGUUCAGCUGGAGACCUGCCGUGCUCUUGCACGAUGCAGCCCACGCCUUCUUGGAAGAUUCAACAAAGGCGUGGCAAAGGGCUUGUUGCGAGUUCUCCAACGCAGCAUCACUGGCAUCACUGCUGGACGCAGCACAGCUGUCACUGAAGCUUGUUUUGUAAAGGCUUUGGAGGCACUUGGAAUAUUUGUUCGACACGAUGCCGCUCUGAUCCCACUGGUCUAUUCCCACCUUCUGCAUGUCUUUCGUUGCGCGCCUCGUUUCUCGAACACCAGCGGGGCAAUCAGCAACAUAUUGCGGGACAUGGAAAAGACCGUUUGUUGCCAGGUUUGGUCCAAGCUCGUGCAUUCAGCAGAAGAGGCUGCUACACGACUUGGGUCGCUAACGUUAAGGCCGGCCAAUGCACGCAAGCCAUACUUUCAUACACAACUCAGAGCUUCUUCCAGACAGCGUCGGGAAGUCAUCUUUCGCCUCUGA